UGGAUAAAGACGUUAAAAGAGCCUGUUAUCCACAUAUUCUUUGUAUUUUUAGCUCCCUUGAACAAGUUCAAUUCUAUUGAAGUCAUUGACCUUCCAACUAAACAUGGUCCUUUAGAUAAAGUUGGUGAGAGCAUCGCAAAAAUGAGUAAGGAAACCACAAAUAAUGAAAAGCGCUUCUCGUGUGAUGUAUGCAAAAUAAAAUUUAGAUAUCGAUAUCAAUUGGACGUUCACAAAAGCAGACAUAGUGGCGUAAAACCAUUCGAAUGUGAAUCUUGUGGUAAACAAUUUUAUACACAAUCUGAACUGAAUUCUCACAAACUGGUUCACACUGAUGAAAGACCGCAUGAAUGCAGAAUAUGUGGAACAAAAUUCAAACGUCAGUCAAAUUUAUUUCAACAUAUGCGUACCCAUACUUUCAAGCAUACACAUCAUUUGACUAGACAUUUGCGCUUUCUUAGUGAAGAAAGGCCCUUUGGUUGUGAAAAUGCAAACAAGCAUUCAAAAAAAUAUAAUUUGACUAUUCAUAUGCGUUCCCCAUACGGAAGAAAAACCAUAAAAAUGUAA